CACUGGUUAUAUAAAGAUUUUGCUUGGUUUUUUUUGUUGUUGUUUGUUUUGUUUUUGUUAAUUUUCUUUUGCAGGUAUGACUGUUGUAAUAGGUUAUAAAGACGCACAUCAGUACAAAUGUAUCCAAAACUGUGCUGUGCUCUUCAGAAUACUUGACGGUAACUUGCGUGGUUGAGUAGAGGGACCUGAGGAGAAACGAUGGGUUCUUUGGGGUAAUUUCUGAGAAGAAUGAUAUGACUAGCUGAGUAAGGUCAAAUGAAAAAUUGAUGGCUGCAAAGAUUCUAUCUGUGGUGGACCGUGACUUUGUAGGGAAUCCAUCUGUGCCAUUGUUCCUUUCACCCCACCCCCAACAGCACUCAUCUGCCUGUGUAUGAGAACAACAAAGUCCAUUGCAGCCGAAGCUAGGGUUGUUGUUUGGCUGGUCGGUAGUGCAGAGAGCUGCAAAUCCAAGACAUGUUAUUCUAUCUAUAAUUAUCGCACUGUGGAUUUCUUCAACCAGAUCAACAUGUUAUAUGGAACGAUUACAGAAUUCUGCACUGAAGCAAGCUGUCUGGUCAUGUCUGCAGGUCCACGAUACGAAUAUCAUUGGGCAGAUGGUACUAAUAUUAAAAAGCCAAUCAAAUGUUCUGCACCAAAAUAUAUUGACUAUUUGAUGACUUGGGUUCAGGAUCAGCUUGACGACGAAACUCUUUUCCCUUCUAAGAUUGGUGUCCCAUUUCCCAAAAACUUUAUGUCUGUGGCAAAGACUAUUCUAAAGCGUCUGUUCAGGGUUUAUGCCCAUAUUUACCAUCAGCACUUUGAUUCUGUGAUGCAGCUGCAAGAAGAGGCCCACCUCAACACCUCUUUUAAGCACUUUAUUUUCUUCGUUCAGGAGUUUAAUCUGAUUGAUAGGCGUGAGUUGGCACCUCUUCAGGAAUUAAUUGAGAAGCUUGGAUCAAAAGACAGAUAAAGGUUUCUUUUAGAAAACAGCUACCUUCUUCCUUCAUCUACUGCUAGAGCUGUCUCAUUGCAAUCUCUUAUAAACUAGUAACACAAACUUUAAGAAAACAGGAUAAAAAGACACCCAUUGUCUGUGUCUACUGGUUUCUACCUUUGGGUUGGCCUGCUGACUUCAGAGGGAGACCCUAAGGGCACAGCCAACUCUGAUGUGCUGUGUGACCACUCCUGUUAUUAUUACAGUGUCACACUUGGUUGUACUUUGUGAUGACUAACCUGUAGUUUAUUAGUUUACUUAAUUCUUUUGCUGAAGACAAUGAUUCAUUCUGUUUCAGGUGACAGCAUAAUGGAUAUUAAGAAUUUCUACCAGUGAUUUAUAAGCAAGUUUCCAGAACAGAUUUCCUAACAACACAAUCAGAUUAGUUUUAUUCCACCACUUCUGUUGUACAAAUAGAAAAAAAAGAAUUUUUAAGUUUCCUUAACAUUUAGAACAUUUGUGUCACUUUGGAUAACCCUUUAGUUUCAAAUUUGUAUGCUAGUGUUUCUAUAGAUAAGAAUAUAUAUGUGUGUAUUUUUACAAAAUCCGUGAUUACAGUUUAAAUCAUCAUGUAGCAUUUGUGGCAUGGGAGCAACCAAAGUUAUUUCUAAAAUGACUUUAUUUUUUAAUCUUUAUAAACACAGAAACCUAUCUUAAAUUGUUAGGAGUUUGUGUGUGUCGUAAAUAAUUUUGUGUAAGGUUUCUAAGGAUGAUGUUACAGAUUUUUAUUUUGAAAUGCUUCAUUAAAAUUAAUUUUAACAUGUGUUGUUUUUGGUUAAGAGAAGAAAACUUCCAAAAAAUUAUGACAAGCUUAGGUCUCACAGCCACUAUAUUCAUUCAUGUUGUUUUUCAAAAGCCUUCUAAUUCUAGGUAGGUGAAUGGAAGAAAGUACUGAGAGUACUUGAGUUAUUUUGUUUUGAGUUUCCUUUUUUUUUUUUUUUUUUAACAUCUAUAUGUUUUUAUUGUGACUUGAGAGUUAGUUAAGAGUAGUGAAGAAAUGUAUGAACUUUAUCCCAAUAAGAACAACUUAAGGAGAAUCACAGUAAAAACCAUGAAGGGGUAUGCAGUUUACAACAUAGCAAAAGGUUUUGUGUACCUUUUGUGUGUAUGUUUAAAGAAGACAAAGUGGGAGGACUAAGUAAAAAAAACAGUCUUCAUUCUGUUCAUAUUAAAAGGAUGGAUUGAACGCCUGUAGGGGCUGUAUCCUGUUUUAAUUGUUUUUGUAGCAAAACUUCAAUUUCUGUUGGGAUAAAAAGAAUAUUCCCCCUUUAAUGAAGAAAAUGCCUUUUUUUUUUUUUUUCCAUUUGGUUGCUAGGAUUUCAUAAGCUCUAGCUGGUUGUUUAAAAUAUGUUGAGGCACAAAUACUGUAUUUUUACACAAAUAAUGCCGCAGCUUCUGCGUUUGUUUGCCAGCCAUGCCCUCCCCUUCCCUUCCCUCCUGAGGUAUUUUCUUAGGCACACUCUGCUAAUUUUUUUUUUUACAUUAGCAUGUGAAGGAGGGUUGGCAUAGCAGCCUUGUGAGGAUGUCUGGGGGGCAGGGAGUAGUUGGCAAACAGACGUAGAAGGUGCGAGUUAUUUACCUAAAAACAUGGUAUGUUGGAAGACUUGCCAGAUUGGCAGAUCUUUAAAUUCAUCAGCAUUCUGUGUUUUAGAGCUGUGAUUUUUGCAGAAUACUCACCAGCCUCCUGAUGGCUUUGAUAAAACGUUUAAUUUUAUAGUAAUUUUUUUUGGGGGGUGGCUAUUUAUUUUUACUAUUUCACUAGACUGUGAAAAAAAAAAUUGUUUAGAAACCCCAUCUUUAAUAACUCAAUUUCAGUAAAUUCUUAACUAUAUACAGAAUUUUAAAGGAAGUAAAACAUUUCUUCUAAUUUAGGCUGGAAGCAUACAUCAUUGUUUGAGUGGGAUAAUCACGAAAAAAAGAGAAAAGCCCUGUAGGACACAUUCCACAACCAGUUGUUUUAAGCUUAUUGAAAGGCCCCUGUCAACAGUUCUGUGUUUAUGUUGAUCACUUAAUGAAAAGAAAGCCGGUUUUUAGAUGCCACCUAGAAUGUUACUCUCAACUUUACGUUAAGCUUUGUUAGAUUUAAUUUUUCCUUCAUCCGCAAGGAAUGAACUUACAUUUCUCAACUCUAGGGUUGUACUUUCAUCAUUUCUAAUAAUUCAGAUAUCCUCAGACAAAGGGGUUCUCAUUUUUCCACAUUUACCUUCAGUGAUAGAAAUUCUCCCUCUCUUUAAGACUAAGC